UGUCUCCUUGCCUAUAUAAGGAGCUAAAAGCUUCUUUAUCUAUCCAUAUAUCUUGGCUAGAAAUAGGUUAUACUUAAUCCAUGGCUUUCUCUGUUUUCUCUUCCUUCAUCAUCCAUCCUCAGCUGUGGAAUCUCAUUUUCAAUAUGUCUCUCUUUGACUCCAUACUCUUCUCUGCUAUACAUUUUGUGGACAAGCUUGGAGUAUGGCAUAGGCUACCAGUGAUAUUGGGAAUCAUUUACUUGGCGAUCAGAAGACAUCUACACCAACGUUAUAAUCUAUUACAUGUUGGAGGAAUCAACGGUCUUAAAUAUGACACCAAGCAGUUUUCAUAUCGAACGGCUGAUGGGAAAUGCAACCAUCCCACCGAUGAUACAAUUGGCAGUCAAGGAACAUUUUUUGGCCGGAAUAUGCCUCCGUCUUCUUCUCCUUAUGGGUAAGUAUAUUGCUUUUAGCAUAUCAAAUAUAUGCUAUAAUUUGCAAUAUGAAUGAGUAAAGUUGAAGAUGCACAAUCCACCGACAAUGAAUAGAGGCCUUAGAUGUCCUUCUCAACAACUAGUAUAAGAAAAAAGAGCAAAGUUUCAUUUGUGCAAUGCAAUUAUUGAGAGGAAGCUAGAAAUGUAUUGUCAACUUCAAUUUAGGGAGUGCAUGCUUAGCUUUUAAGAAUUUU